GACUCGUGUGAUCUCGGACUAAUACUUGUUUUCCUUACGUAGAGUACAUUUGAACUGACUCUUGUACUAUCACCAACAAACUGUCCACCUUAUCCAACGGUAUGUCUACAUGUGUGAAGCCAUCAGCAGUAGUAUGCCCACCACGGGACUGCCCUCCGCCACCACCAAAGCCUCCAUGUUUAGUAAAGCCAGUAAUGCGAGGCUUGCAUUGGGCACAGACAAAACGUAUAUUGUCCCAAGCUAUACUGCUAUCGAUUUUAAGCGGUGCAUCAGUAUAUUUCUUUAUUGGUUUGCCAAGAAGACAAAAGUAUCAUGAAUUUUAUGCGAAAGGAGAAUUUGAAGACUGGGCAGAUGAAAUGGCUCGCAAAGGAUUAUUUCAAUCAGUACCUAUACCGCCACAGAAAUAGCAUCGCACAAAUGUAUUAAUGGUUUUAUUUAGGAACUUAGUUUUAUUGCGAAUUUCUUAAGCUAUGAUAACUAUCGACAUUUUUCUUGAAUAAAACCAAGAUUUUUUUUCAAAUUUAUUUUUAAUUAUCGCCAAGAAAACAGGAAGUGAAUCGUGUCCUCACGUUUCAUGGCGGCAGCCAAUCGAAAUUGUUUAUAUUUUUACAAGAAUAUGAAGAUUAUGAUAAGCACCAAUCACGUUUAGUCAUCAGUAGAGCAUGAAUUUUCCAUGAUGUACUUUGUAAAGGCGUGUUAAUAGGAUUCAAUAACAAAUAUAAAUUACGAAGUUAUUUUAAAUAUUCAUUCCCUAUAUUUUUAGUACCUCUUAUUUCCACUUAGUUAAAUUCAUACAAAAAUUUUAUAUUAUUGAGAACGAUGAUAUUUUUGGUUUUGUUAAAAUGGACUACAUCCAAAGUAUACCACGUAUGUUGUCUACAUCGAGUCAAUGCGCAUGUCAAGUUGAAAAUUGCAAAUGGCGGCCGUUGUUAUUGUUCGUACCGAAUAACUAUUUGUAAAAUAUAUACCAAUCUUUUUAGCGAUUUUACUACUGGACUGUUAUACUGAUGAGAUGCGUUAACUUCUUAUGAUUCGGCGCGAUACGUUUUAUGUACGAUUUUAUGUGUUUUGGGUGUUUUCUUUUAAUUCUAUGUGUGUCAUGCAAAUGGGGUAAGCUGGAAUUAUCGGAUGUCGCUUAGGUUGUUUUGGACAGUUUCAAUGGGAAAAUGGAGUGAAGUUUUGUGAUCUAAAGUGUGGAAAUGGAAAAUGCCUAAACAUAUUUGUACAUCGCGACACCAUUGAAUAUCGGCAGAGGACGAGAACGUCUAUAAAUUACGAUUGUUCCAUGCCGUGAUUGCACUCCCCGUACAUUUCAAAAUGGCUGCUGCUCUUCACGAUAUAUGAGCUUUGCGUCACUGGAACAUAAAUCAGUGGUUUAGAUUCGUGUUGAAAAUCGCGUAUUUGUACGCUGGUGACUAUAUGUGAAAAAUCUAAAAUAAGUUGUGGACAGUGCCCCGGGAAUACCUGGGGCGGAACAAUAGUGGCUAAUAUCAUAUGUUGCUGAAGUAGUGGACAGGACAAGUGCCCAUAGGACCGAUAUUGCCUUGCGUCCGGCGGAUUGUAAUGUUCAGCUUCAUUUUCCAGGAUGAUUUGGGACACGAGACAAUAGAAAUUUUGUGUUAUUGAGCGGAAUGUGACAUUGUAUGAUAGCAUGGCAGCGGACAGCGAUGGGCUAGGCUCGGCGGGUGGGGGCGGGGGCGGGGGCUCGUGCGGCGUUGUGGUCACCUGUGAGGGAGACCUACGCGACCCGCGCUUCCCCGCGCGCCUGCGCCGCCUGCUGCGAGAGCUGCGCGCGCUGCUCGCCGAGCCGCAUCCGCACACGCUAAAAGUUAAUAAGGUGGAACCUUGGAACUCUGUGCGCGUGACGCUGUCGGUGCCUCGUGCGGCUGCGGCGCGGUUGCGAGCGCUCGCGGCGGCCGGCGCGCCGCAGCUGCGUGCGCUCGGCAUACUAUCCGUGCAGCUGGACGGCGACGCUGCGGUCUCGCUGCGGUUGCAGCACGGCGCUGAGCUCAGGAUCAACACCGAUAACACCGAUGAAGGCAACUCAUCAAGGCAAGCCAACUCUGAGUUGCUGGCGGGUCUGGGGGGCAUCGGGCGACUGCUCGGGGAGGGGGAGGGCUCGUCAUCAUCGGAGACCCCCUCCUCCUCGGCCUCCACCCCCCGGGACAACUUCAAGUCGCCUAAUACCGUCUGCCCGAUGGACGGCAAGAUACCGCAGAACAUUCCCACGCCGACCACCGAUCGCUGCGAGUUCCCCUUCGGCAGCAUGACCCAGGCCAGGGUCAUACAUCGGAAGGAGAAUACCUUAGGUAUAAGUGGUCCCGGUGUCCGUCCAGCGGCGGCGCUUGCGGGCGCGGAGCAGUUCCCGCGCCCUUCAACGUCCGCCUUCCCCGGUCCCCCACCACCCUACCCCGCACCCUCCCCUACGCCGGUGGCGCAGCCCGCCUCCCCCGCCACGCCCGCUCCACCCACCACACCGAGCGCGGCUGCCUCCGCGCCCCCCACUGUGGCCAUGUCCUCCCCCCUACUAGUUAAUCUGCUGCAAAAUGAUGCGCCUGCGCCGCAGCCAAGAACAAAGCCUGUGCCACACCCGGCCAAACUGGAUCGUCUUGAAGACUCACAGGUGGAGCUGGCAGUGGGUCGACCGCCGUUCGAGUACCGCGGCGUGCGGCCCACAGUCCCGCGGCCGCAGACCACGCCUCCCCCGCAGCCCUCGCUGCCGAGCCCCGCCCCGCCACCACCUCCGCCGCCCCGGGCACCCCUCCGUCCCUCCUUUAUCCGACGCUCUUUCCCCCCUCGUCCCUCACACCAUCCCUCCCCGGUGUACCGUAGUCCGGCGCCAAAUGCGACCGUGGUGGGUCGCGCCCGGUUCCCCACAAACUAUACCGCGGAACCAUUUCCUGCUCCGCCGCCGUAUAGGCAAGGGGUCCAAGUGGCGGUUGUGCAGAGGCCGAGACCGCCGCCUCCCACGAGGGUCACGCCGGAAGAUCUACAAGCGUUGUUACCACCGCCUACCACCUCUAUGGACCAGAAAACGCAGUCUAGCUUCCAGGAAUUUCAGAGGUAUCAGCAGCAGUACAACGCGAGGCAGCGCGCGGCCUCCAGGGCGGCGUCACAGCCUGACUGGAAUGAGCCUUAUCGGGACACGCUGGGACUCUCUAUACCCGAUCUGCCCGACAAUUGCGACCUGGACCAACUACUACCUUCCCUUGGAGCGGAUCUCAACCUAGACGACACUGCUCUGUCGGCCAUCUCUGAUCUGGACGCCAAUACCAAGCUGGAUUUAUUAUACGAUCCUCAACAACAGGAUGGUUUGCCAAACGCGACCGAUUCGAACCCGGACGCGCUGCUCCAAGAGAUCACCGGUGGUCAAUACACGAGUACAAGUCUAAACGGACCAUACAACUCCGAGUUACUGCCCAGUACAAGCCAUACAGUUAAUGAUGUGCCUUCGAAAGUUUCGGAUAAUUUUGAAAAUACUAAUGAAUCGAGUUUCAUGCCACCCCCGCCUGUUCCCCAGCAGUCGACGUCCAAGUUUUCAAGCCCUCAUCACAAUUCAUCCCCCAACCAUGCAGUGGCGAGUCCAAACCCGCCUUUUAAAUCUCCACCAAAUGCCACUUACUCUAUGUCUCCGAAUAAUUUAAAUAAUGAAAGAAUCAAUGCAAGCCAGUCUUCUAUGCCUCCUCCAAUGAGACUGCCAGUAAGAGCGACGUCUUCAGUGGCCACAGCGACUGUUGGAUCACAAGCAACCGCUCAAGAAAUAGAAGAACAGAGCAAACAGUAUCUCAUCAAAACUCUAAUGAGGGAUGAUGAUGUUCCACCACCGAAAGAACAGGAAAAGAAGGUCGAAGAACUAACAGUCGCUCAAUGCAAACUUAAAGAAAAUUCAUUGGAUUCACCAGAGGUUUUUGGAAUAGCGAAAAUCACAGAAGAUGAUAGUAAAAAAGAGGAUGAAUUGAAAACGAAAAAUAAAGUAAUAAAGAAAGACAAAGAUGAUAAACUGCUGGCGCAAAAAGGAGGAAAGCCAAGAACAGGGGGGGCGAAAGAGAAACCGGCUACGUUGAAAGAGAAAAUAGUGCGAGAUGGAAAGUCUACCAAAGUUGCCUUACCGCGGCCUCAUGCCGCAAAACCGGCGCCCGUUAGCGACGCACCAAAGUCACCGACGGGCGAGAAGGUUGAUUCCUUUUCGUUAAAACUACGGUUAAAGUUAAAAGAUAAGAAUGAACCAGUUGUUCAACCUGUGUACCAGGCCGAUAUCAGCUUUGUUAACUUGCAAUCCCAGAAGGAAGCUCUUACUAAACCUACAGAGGGUGAAUUGAGAGUGCCACCGUUACAUAUAAGUCUUAGAGGUCGUAAUUCAGCUGUUAUUAAAAACUCCAAGAAGGAGAAGAAAAAAUUUAACCCAGGAGACAUACAUAUGAAGAAAAUUAAAAUUAGAAAAUCUAUAGAAUCAGAUGAGAAGUCUCACAGGCGGGACUCUGAUGAGUUACUCGCUACAAAAUCUGGUGACAGCACUGAGAAUACAAAGACUGAUGAGUAUAUACACAACAAGAAUACAAAACUCAACAACCAUUAUUCUGAAAGUGAAACCAUCACAUCAAUACCGGGUGACAUGAAUGUAGUCUACAGAAUGAAGACAAUAUCAAAGAAUGCUCACAUUGUCACCAAACACGAUUGCAAACUACUCAACAAUAAAACACAAUUAGACAGUUUGAAAAUGAAAAAGAAAUCAAAAUUCUUAGGCGACAGUGGUAAAGUGAUUGAGAAAGAAAGAGACAAAGAUUGUAGGAACGAUUUAUUAGAAAAGGAAGGCAAAUAUGCUCAGAACGAGGGUUACAGAGAGACUCCUAACAACCAUGAAGUGAAAAAGAAGUUACCAACUCCAAAACAAGAGAAAGAAGGUAGUGCAAAAUGUGAUAAGUCCAGUGAUGUUAAAACUUUACAAUUGGACGGUUUUAAUGAAAGUGUAAAAUGUGGUGCUAGUGAUGUGGACAGGGUUAAGUGUCACAAGAGUUUAGAACGGACGCUAAGUGCUGACGAACUGACGGACAGUAAAAAGUUCGAAACGCACAGGGCCAGUGAUGAUAAUAAAUUAAAACGGACACUUACUGACAGUGCUAUUACCUCACCCAACGGACUGAUAUCUUCUGAAAAGAAACGGAAGACUAGCCAUAGUUCCUGUCCAGAUCCCCCUGGAUCCACAAACGUAGGCACGAUCAGGGGCGGUCGGGUGGAGUCGCCCCCACCCGCCUCUAGUCAGCGCCCCGGGGCGGUCUCGCCGCGCAGGAAAGAGAGGCCCAAGGACAAGUCCUACUGCAAACUGGUCGCCGAGCGAGCCGCACGACCCGACGCAGACAAGUUCGGCAACCGCUCGCCCAACUCACAGGCGCAGGGGGAGGACUCUGGAAUCGAAUCCAUGGACGCCCUCUCGGAAAAGUCGCCCAACCAGGCCAGCCAAUCCCCGCCGGGGCCACAGAGGAAAGAGCGCCUCGAUAUGCCUCGCUCUACCAGUCCAACGUCGGUUCAGAGGAUAAUAGGCGUCAUAGACCCACCGCCUGCUUCUGACGAACUGCUGGAGAGGUUAUCAUUAGCCACGGGCCAACCGCACUACGACCCCGGACCUCCCGACAUCGAUGAUUUGGGCGACAUCGAAGCAGAGUUGGCGAAAAUGCACGCGGACCACAUCAACGGCGACGACGCGGUAAGGAGGCCGCCCGAUGAUCUAUCACAGACCAAAGAGGUGAAGAGGGAGCCCACGCCGAUUCUCAGGGAUGACGAGAAACAGGGCCAGAACAACGAGAGGGUCGAUAGCAAAGACGAGAAAUUGGAAAUGAAGGUGGAUGAUGUGAAACUCGAAUGCAAUAUUGCUCAAAAUAACGAAACGUGCAGUAAAGACGAGUGUAUAUCGACUAAAAAGGAGAAAGGUUUAGAGGACUUUGACCAUCUACCGAGCAGAAUGUCGCCACCUCUUUAUACGUAUUCCAACCAGGAGAAAGUUUGUGCGAACGAUGCGAAAGAUGAGAAAAUUUUGUCAGAGAAUGGCGAAACGUGUACCGAUUCCUCGAAAGAGAAAGAUUCCAAGUUAGAAAGGUUACCUCUGAAAGCCGACUUUCCAGAUAAGAGUUUACUAGAGCAGUUGCUGAUAGAAAUUCCUACUCCGGACUACGGCAACAAGAGACCGGAAUCUCCAUCACCUUCAGCGUUGGAACGUGUCGCCCGGAGCACGGUCCGGACUAGAUCGAGCAGUAAGAUGAACAGCCCGGCCGAUGGCCCGAAGACGCCGAGAUUGAGUCCUGGACUCAACAAGGCAGACAGAUCCGAUUCACCCGCGUUACAGCCUAGGAAUUGCCUUCGUAGUGGGUCCGUAGAUAAAGUGAGCCCGCGAACCGUUAACUCUGUACCAGCGCCGGCAAAACCUCCGCCCGGCGUGAAGAGAAAGAGAAGGGAAUCUGAAAGUUCGUGCGCGUCCACCAUUAGCUGCGAGGAGGGCUUGUCUCCGGCGGGGAGGCCGAAGAAAAAGCCGAGAAGACUGGACCAGAAGCCUAUCAAUGCGGCGGUCGCAGCUUGUGGCAAACUGAAGAAGGAAUCGGACAGUGAUAGUGAUGAACCUUUAAUAUGUAAAGUGAGGGGGAAAACGGGGAAAGGCCUAAAACCUGUGGGCGUAAAGGUGGUGAAGACUGCUGAGGGUGUGGGUACGAGGCGCUCUGUGCGCCACGGCCCCGCGCCCCCAACGCCCGUCACGCCUGCGCCAGCCACGCCUGCCGCGCCGCCCAACAACACCGCCCUGCGACGGAAAACGAGGAGUGCAGUUGGUGAAAGUCCGAGCGCGACUGCGGGCGCGGUGAGGCGUCGACGGGCCUCUCGCGACGGGAAGUGACGUCGGCGGCGCGCGGAGCCCCGCCCCGCGCCGCCGCAAGCCCCGCUCCCGCUGCCGCUCGCGCUCCUGUACCCGCUACCGCUCGACUGACACCGCCCCCACCGCCCGUGCCUCGUUUACAACUGUUGACAUCUCACCGACUUAAAAUAAAAACUAUUGCCUCUAUCAUCCACGAACUGUCAAAGUGAAAUUAAUCAAAAUUAAUGUGUGUGUCAAAUUUUUAUAAGUGGUGUGUAUCUAAAAAAAAUUAAUCUUUUGGCUUUUGGAUUUAAUGAAUCUCAACGAUUUGGAUAGAUUUGUGCAAUAUAAAUGUGAGAGAUGUGACAGUGAAAGUUCGGUGUUGUGGCUUCGUGUAGUAAGUGCGGGGGAGAGAUGGACGACAGUCGAUGGUACAAAGUGUCAACAGUUGCCCCGUUCCUGACAUCACAAGGACUUGAACCGCUUAUAUUAUUUUAACUAGUGAACAAAUGUUACCAUUUCACUAUAGAGCACUUGUCGUUUUCAUUUAUAUGUAAGUUAUUUUCCUCUAUUGAGUAUUUUUAAGGAUGUCGACGUAUUUUUUGUACCACCAUCGGGCUGUAUUGAUUGGAUGAGCUUGGGUCGACCGUGGGAGCCUUAGUAUAGUGACUAGGAAGAAAUCAAUCAUUAUUGUACAAAAGAGCACUGGACUGUAGGCACAUUGUUAUAAUAGGUUAAAUACCCGAGAUAUAUAAAAAUAAAUGCAUAAAGUUUUAAAAGAUAUUUUCAUACGUUUUUGCACGUAACUUGUAAUUUCGUGAUCGGUGAUGUGAACCGCGUGUAGUUUAUUCGUGUUUACGACAGUUCGCCAUCUUGGAUACGUUAAUGUUUCUUAUAUUUAUUGAUUCGAAAUUUGAAAAAAAAAGUGACGUUCGUUCCAAGAUGGCGGCUUGUCGUGUGACGCAUUCGCCGCUAUUACGAUGUAACAUUAGUGUUUUUAUAUUUAAGGAAUUCACGACCAAUAAUUGUAAUUGUAAUAUGACACGAAACUUGAAUGAUUUCUUAGUGAAAUGAUAAUAAUCGUGACUGAGUGUUUCAACAGAUCAUCUGUUUGGGCUUCCAGUAUACUAAACUUUUUGCUUUGACGCCCCAUUUUUUUUUAAUUUAUCGAUUCUCGUAUUUUUUUAUUAAAUCUACCCUAUUGUUGACCUUUUUAAAUGUUUGUAAAAUCGUUUGGAAUCCAUUGAAUCAUUUAAACCCCAGUGAUUGUAGUAAAUAAGCCAGCAUUUAUUUUGCACUGUACAUAUUUGAUUGGAUUUUAAAAAGAAAAAUGCAUUCGUUUUCUUUAUUUGUAGUUGCUAGUAUUUAUUACCACAAUAUUUUGAUAUACAGUCACUUAUAGUAAAGCAUAGACUAAAUAUAUUUUUCGAUUCUUAUGGAAUCAUGUGUGUGUCAUGUUCAUCACUAGGGUACUUAUUGGUUCGCGUAUUGCGAUAGAUUAAUUGGAUGUAUCAAAAUUGAACCUUGCAAAGUUUGUUUCGCUGAAUAAUAAAAAAAAUUCGUACGUGUUCAUAGUAUAUUACGUGUGUAUAAGCGGUGAGCAUCAUAGAUAUAUUUUUGCAUGUGUUUUUUUGCGGUUCCUAAUGUCUGAGAGGAUAAGAUCCAAAGCAAUAAUACGUGGAUGUGACUCUUUAAUUACUUUUAUACGAAAUGGUUUAUAGUAACGAUUGCCUUAAGAACGCUCAUCACCCUUACCUACAUCCUAACGGUGAGUUUCCAUUGACUAAACACUUUAUUAUUAAAGAUUGUCAUUUGUUAUUCUCUUUGAAAAAAUCAGAGACAAUAGGUUUAAUAGAAGUGUUUGGGUUUUGGAAUUUCGCAGUUAUCUAUCUACUUUAUACCUUUCUUAUGUCAGAUUUCCUAAACUUCCUACUUCAGAUAAUCCGUUAGGGUGGAACAGUGAUACAUAAUGUGUUUAGUAUGUACGUAGUAAUGAUAUAGUAUAUAAAGAAUAUUUUAUAAUAAAUUACAUUGCCUGAAAUUAGUGCCCUAUAACAUGUGCCGUGGGAGCUGUGGGUCUUACUGUGUUUGUUGUUAAAUUAUAUUAUAGUAUUGUACUAGGGGAGCGACGGCCAGCCGCCGGCGUCGGGCGGUGUAACCAGAGACAAUCGAACUGCGUGACAGAGAAAAAAAAUAAAGCCUUGUUUUUUUUAAUCGUUUUAAAUUAUUAGUUUAAGAGAAUAAUCGGUACGUCCGAUGUACAAUCUCUUGUAAAUUUUUAUGUAUAGAUGGGGAAAUUUAAUAUAUGUUAUGUGUUAAGAUUUUUUUCUUUUUUUUUUGGAUGUAUUUUAAUGGGGGUGUUGUCGGUGAUUUUUACCUUGUAAAUACGUAUUGGCGAGACUAGCGCCAGUGGCAGUUGCCGCAAACCGACCCCUCCGUAUAGGAAUACAAAGCCUUGUACUAUAAAAUGAACUGCGUGUACCAUAUAAUAUUAAUAAAUGGACUCUCAAAACUAGCUCUGUAUAUUGGGUGUAUAGUAAUCAUUUUUUUUUUAGAUUAUUGUUUUGUUUUUAAUUUUCGACUAAUUGAUAGUAAUUUAUGCCGAUGAAUUAUCUAUUAUAUACAAUUAUACAUAAUUAUGAUAAAAGAGAAAAUACAAAUAGAUUUAAAAACACUAUAAAUAUAGUAUAUAGGGGUUACACAACACAGAUAGCAUAUAGUUUUGGUAUGUAAACAUGAUAUAAAUUGUACAUAGAGACGGAGAAAUAGUAAAUAAAAGAAUUGAUACAAUAAAAAAUUAACUUUAUGUUAUUGUAAUAUUUUUUUCUAGUAGAGUUUUAAUCGGGAAGGCGGGGCCCUAUUGAGGGCUUCAUACGCGAACGACUGUGAAAAUGUUGUUGGUGAAUAUUGAAAGUUCAUCUACCAUCCCAUUUUUAUUGUGCAUUAUUUUCUGUAAGUUGCUUUAUCUGUCGUUCUACAUUAUUUUUAAAAUCAUAUAAUUAUAUUCAUAAAUUACGAUGAGUCAUGGUGAAUUAUUAUCAUAUUAUUAUGAAUGAAAAGAAAUAAGGAUUAUUAUUGUUCUGCUAUUAUUAAAUU